AUGCUGCCGCCCAGAUGGUCUAUCCUCGUCAACGACUCUGGCGUUCAGUGCACACUGUAUUGGGAAUCCUCGGAAGCGGCGCCCCCUUCUCCUCCGCCCAGUCCGGACGCAACAACUCCGAACCAAGGUGCUCUUCCAGUCAAUAUCAGAAAUAAGCGCCAUGCCACUCAACAGAUAAACGACUUUCAAAAUGAGCUUCUCUUCAAAUACCAAUCCCCCGAAUUACAGAUUCCGAUGACUCCUAAGCGUGCUCGGCCUAAUCCGUCUGCGCACCGUCCUCCUUCCUUUUCUUCGGCCUUUAAUCUUCCUUCGGCACUUACUUCGCGCGCUCCUCUGGCGAUUCCUAUCAAUCCGAACACAUUGUCAAUGGAGGGCAUGAAGAAAUUCGAUGUUGGCGAUAUUUCCAUAGACCCCAUUCUCGCCAACCGUAACGCGCUCAAUAACUUGCAAGAGGCAAUCCAAACACAGCUUCAAAAUAGAGGCAACAUUAUCCGACUUAACCCGUCUUCAAAACCGUCAACCCCAGGGACAGAACCAACUCCACCGACGCCCAAAUCCGUCAUCCAAUUAAGUUCAGAUCUAAGCAACAAGGAAAACACUCAAAAUCAAAGUGAAAAUACAGUCACUAUCAACAAAAGCAUUUCUCCAUCACCUCAAGAAAAUUGUUCACGGCGCGACUCCGUUGUCGCAGAAAAUACGCAGGCCACUGCUGCGCCAAGCAAUAAUCAGCAUUGUCAACCAUCAAAUAAGACUGAAAUCGAAAAUAAUGGUAAUCUUAAUACGCCGUCAAUUUCUUCAUCGAGUGCUAUCGUUCUUCCUUCAUCUUCGGAGAGCGGCCCUUUUCAUCCUCAUCAUGCUAUUCGGCAGAUUUCGAAUGAGAUUGACAACAUAUCCGAUGGAGAUGUUGAUGACAUGAACUUAGAAGACAUAGUUAAACAACAAGAAAAGAUGGAGCAAUCAAUACCUAGUUCUGUACCAUCAGGAAAUGGGGUGAUUUCUUCUCAAGUCUCGGUGAUAGAUGGAGGUCUAUCUAGUUCUGAAGGCCGAAACGAUAUAAUUCACCAACGAGAGCCAAUAAUGCCUAAACAAGAAGAUAUUGACUCUGACUGUGAAGUUAUUGGAGACGAUACGAAUGGAACGUCCAAAAGUCUUCCGAUGCGCUCGGUUGUGCGACCUCCUUUAAGUUUCGAAACACCUCUUCAGCGCCCGAUGAACCAAUUGUCGAUUCCGAGCUUUGCACUGUCAUCUGACAAUGCUUCGCGAAAUCAACCUUCUUCACAGAAGUUGGUCGGCACGCGGAGCGGUCCUUUGAGCUUUAACAAGUGCUCAGUAGCGAGUGUGGACAAACUGGCAGAACAGAACGGACACAAAGCUGAACUACAAGCACUGAGACAGGAAGCGAACAGGGGUGAUGAGACACGGCUAUAG